CUUUCAGCAGGUUUUGCAGUCUUUCUGCUGUACUUUUCGGAUUGUUAAUUGCGAAUGCGCUUCAUGUUUUUCGCUGAAUGAGUGGAUAACUUGUAACGUGGUAAUUUUCUGUGGACUAUGUCAUCAUCCGCUGGGGAAUCCUUUGAGAAAUUCGUAACAGAGACCGCCAGCAGCGUGGGGGAUUUCAUCAACCAGACGGGCGAUCGCGUGGCGGAUCUGUUGAAGGAUGCGGUGGGGAUGAAGCGGCCGAGCAGCAGUGAAGCACACGAGAUGGGCAGCAGUAAAUCCAAGCCGUCCCCCGCCACCACCACCGCCCCCCUCAUUUCCCCCUUCAACGUGGCGUACGGCGUCAACCCGGGCGGGAAGACGGUGCUGUACCCCGUGGAUGUUUCCAAGGCAUUCCCCGAGCACGAUGCCAUGGCACUGACCGUACACGACCUUCAGCUGCAUCUACAGUCCUUGACACAGGUGCCCGUGGCGCGCCAGAGUCUCAUUUACAAGGGCGCCCAUCUGCAGGCUGCGCAGCGUCUGGCGGAUCUGCAACUGCGCCACGGCGCCAAACUCAUGAUGCUCGGCCAGGCCGAGGUCCCCCGCGAUCCCGACGAGGAGUUCAAGAAGCGUCUGUCGGCGCUGGAAGACGAGAUCUCGGCGGUGAGCAUGGAGCUGCUGGAGAUGGAGAUGUUCCUGGACAGUAUUCCGCGCACCGAGAAACCGGCCUUCAAGACGGCCCACACGCGGCUCCUGCACCUCAACGAGGCCCUCAUGAAGACCGUCAUGAAGAUCGACGCCGUGGAGAUCCCGGCGGAGCGGACGGAGGCGCGCGCCCUGCGCAAAAGUCUCGUGCAGCGCGUCCACGUUGAGAUGGCGCGCGUCGACCGCGCCAUCGAGCGCUGCGCCAAUUUCCUCAACGUCCGCUCGCGCAGCACCUCCCGCUCGCGCUCCACCUCGCCGUCCGACCGCAAAAACCAGCCGGACGCCUCCAAAACCGGCGGAUCAUGAUGGGGGACUGCCAUUAAUUUUUCCGUUGGAUUGGAGACGGUUUCCCGAUUUUUCCUGUUUUAUUUGGGAGUUGGUUCGAGAAAAUUGUUUAAUUUAUGUGUGUGGAUGGAGAUUUGCGAGGUUGCGGAAUUUAAGACGUUUUUAGCAGGAGUUUCUCUAUUUUUAAUUUUAAUCAGCCUUUUUCUUGUUGCUGAAAUGUAGGCGAUUUGUCACUUGCGGCGGUGUUAUUUCGCAGUAAAAUUGAUGGACGAAAUUAUCCCCAGACCGACGUUGUUUGGUUAUUUAAUGAAUUUGUUUUAUUAUUCAGCUGACUGAAUAUUUAUCGAAUUUCUUAAUAUUUAUUCAUCAGUUUUGUUGAUUAUUUAUUGGCCUUUUGCUUCUGCUGUCCGUUUAUCGCAUGCAAAGUGCCCAAUAAAUAAGUAAGUAAAAAACCAGCGGAUC